UAUAUUCGAAACGAUGUAAACAGUUUGGACCUUAAUCCAUCCAACAAGAAUAUGUGUAUAGAAAACAAUAAAGAAUUUAUUACCAUCUGGAUAAGAAAUUUAGGUACUGUAACAAGAGAUAGUAGAUAAAAGACAUUCAAAGUAAAAUGAUUUAUUAAAAGUGAUGAGGUAAAAGCGAACUACAAAUAUUGGCAUAAAAAAUAUAAAUCUUAUAUUCCAAAUUCUUUUGAAUUCAUAACGCAUGAUUAUGAUAAUUUUUGUAAGGUUGGUGAUAAAGUGGUGAUUAAGCAUUGUGAAAAAACAGGUGGUCAAUAUUACUAUUUAAGAAAUGUAGUAAUAAUACCAGUAGGUAGAAUUUAAUAAAGAUAUUUAAGAGGAAAUGAAAGAACUUUAGUAAUAAUUGAUGCAUAUAAUAAAAUUAGAAAUAUUAGAAUUCAAUUGGUUUAAUCGGGGUUGUGA